AUGCCCAAGAGAAAGGCUGAAGGGGAUGCUAAAGAAGAUAAAGCCAAGGUGAAGGAUGACCCACAGAGAAGAUCUGCAAGGUUAUCUGCUAAACCUGCUCCUCCAAAGCCAGAGCCCAAGCCUAAAAAGAACCCUGCAAGGAAGGGCCCCAAAGUGAAAAAGGGGAAAGCUGCUGCACCUGGAUUGAAGAGUGUGAAAGGAAUUGAAUUUGGAGCUUCAGGCUUUGAAGAUGUAAGAAGGAAGCCUCAAGGCAAUGAAUGUGGCAGUGGAACUGGGAAAGAUCUCAGCUUACAGCCAGCGGCAAGGCAAAGAAGGGAAGAGCGCCGGGGAGAGCUCGGUCAGUGCUCGGAGGGGACUGGCCUAGAGCGGUCACUCGAAAGGCGAGGACCCGCGAAAGCGAGUAUACAUAUUCCCAGCAGCUCUGUCUUUCCAGGCACACGGAGUAAGUUGGCUGGAACUCCCCGUGACCGCUCAGCCCGGCGUGCAGGGCUGCAGCGGCGCAAAGCCUGCUCCAGAGCGGCCGCAGCGGCGCGGGCAGGAGGGGUACCCAGGUGGGGCCGCGCGCCCUCCGCGGGGGGGCAGGUGAGCCCGCCCCCGAGUCCGAGAGGGAGCCAGGUGAGCGUCCGCCCGGGUCCGCCGGUGACCAGGUUGACAUUUCGCAGUUUUGAACUGAUCCUAUGUAGUUUCAUGAGAUGUGCCUUGAAUCUCCCCAGAAGCGCGCUCGUCUGCAUGCCCAGCGAGAGGCACUCUCGGCGGCCCACCUGGAAGAGGAAGCGGGGCAGGUGCCCGCCGGCCGGGCUCCCCACGACACGGCGUGAGACCUCGGGCUACAACACGGGACCCGGGCGCUGCUCCGACCCCUCGUGUCUUGUGUUGCAGCCGGAGGGACGCAGGUCCGCAGCAGAGCCUGCUCCCCGCCCGCGCGGGACUCGGCAGCGGGAAGGAAGGUGGGUGUGCGCUCUACAGGGUGGCCCGGGGGCAGCCCCCGCUCGGACCCCUUCUCGGUCGGCGAUCAGUCUCCGUGCAGGGCUUCGUUCACCCCUAGUCCGCGUUGGGUCCCGCGUGCAGGUUGCCUGGGGCGCACGGCCUGCUUCGAUCUGGGUUUUGAGGCCGCUCUCUGCUCCUCAUACACAGCGCCCCCCAACCCAGCUCAGGUGACCACACUGAGGCUUGAAGGGCCUCAAGAAAGUUUCUCCCGUAAUGUCUCUCACAUUGGUGGGAAAGCCCACCGUUAAACCCGCGUUCCCAUCGGUGGACAACAGACAUUGCUUUUUUAGUUGUUUCUUAAAUGUAUUUUUCUCCAAGGUGGUAGAUUAAACCAUUGCGGGCAUCAGCUGGGUUUCAUUGAUUACAUUCCUUUCCAACAUGGCAGGGACUUGAGACGGAAAUGGAAUCUGAUGGUGAAUUUCAA